AUGAAACUACUACUAAUUUCGCUGCUUAUAUGCGUAUGGGAGGGCGUGUCGGGUAAGUGCGGUUACGACGCCUGUCCGGCUACCGAUCCCCAUAAGCUGAACAUACACCUCAUCGCCCACUCCCACAACGAUGUCGGCUGGGUUAAUACCGCGGACCAAUUGUACGACGAUCACGUCGUAAAGAUUUUAGGCACCGUAGUGGAGGAGUUGCAAAAGGACCCGGCACGUAAAUACACCCAGGUGGAAAUGUAUUUUUUCCACCGAUGGUGGCUGAGUCAGACAGACGAGCUCCGGGAUGUAGUUAGGAAAUUGGUGGCCGAGGGUAGGCUAGUGUUUAUUAAUGGUGGUUGGACGGUGAAUGAUGAGGGUGCCGCUCAUUAUAAUAAUAUUAUUGAUCAAAUGACCAUGGGACUGAAAUUCUUAAACCAAACAUUCGGGACCUGUGGUAGACCAAAAAUAUCCUGGCAAAUUGACCCAUUUGGCGCCUCCAUCGAAAUGGCGGGGCUAUUCGGCCUAAUGGGGUUCGACGCCAACGUGUACAACCGGGGCGUACAGAAGGGCGAGUACAUAUGGCACACGUCCAAGGAUCUGAAUACCAAGGUGUUCACCACCGUUUUGCACGACCACUACUACCCGCCCGGAGGGUUCAACUUCGAGAACGCCAACGAAUCCAUAACCGACGCCAAUGUCAAGGAGAGGACCGUUAAGUUUAUCGACUAUUCCCGGAAUUGGAACAAAGAUUAUGGUAACUCUAGUCACGUGUUGGUCACGAUGGGCGGCGAUUUUUUUUAUGAUGUUGCCAGUAAGUGGUACGAUAACAUGGAUAAACUGAUCAAGGAGACUAAGGCUAGCCAUCCCGAUGUCAAUAUGAUAUACUCGUCGCCUAAUUGUUAUAUUAAAGCGCUUAAUGGUAUGAACUUGUCGUAUGCGGAACGAGAUGUCGACUACUUGUCGUAUUGGGUGGGCUACUACACGAAUAGGCCGGCAUUGAAAUAUCAGGAUAGACAGACUAAUAAUAUUUUGCAGGCGAGCAAGCAGUUAUCAGUAAUAGGGCGUUUAGACCCGGCUAAAACAAAAGCAUACCUGGACGAGGCAGCCAAUGAGGUGGCUAUAAUGACACACCACGACGCCAUCACCGGCACCUGCUCCCAGGGCGUAUGCGAUGGGUACACGGGUCGACUUCAGUCGGGAUACGCCGCCAGUAAAGCCGUUAUCCGAAAGGCUUUUGAGUACUUGAAGUCUAAAACUGGUGACAAAAAAGUGGUUUUAAGUGACGUUUUCUGCGAUGCAUUGAAUAUAACGGAUUGCAGUCUAACGGAGACUAACGACAGGAUUGCCGUCACUGUGUAUAACCCGAUCGCCCGACCCGUCGAACAUUAUAUUAGGGUACCGGUGGUCGACGCCAAGUAUGAGGUGUUUGAUGAAAAAGGACAGGCGGUUAAGUCCGUUGGCAUACUCCCGGUGUCAGACGAUGUCCGAAAGUUACCCGAACGUAAUGGUAGUUUAGGAACCCAUGAGUUGGUAUUUAGUGGGCAGUUACCCGCCCUGGGGUUUACGACAUAUUUUGUAGAGAAACAAAAAGCUAUAAAAGAUACCCAUACAAUGGACAAUAAUCAACAAGCCCAGGCCCCGAUAGACAUGAAAGGGAAAUCAUUUACGUUGCACAUUAACGAGACUACCGGUGCCAUCGAGUCCAUAACCGUCAACGGGACGACCCAUAAAUUACGUCAAUCGUUCAAAUGGUACAAAUCGGUGGGCAAUCAGCCGCCCCUCGAGGACUCCGGGAGCUAUAACUUCUGUCCGGACGGUAACGCCCGCGACUACGGCACUCAAAAACUGGUGGCCCGGCACACGUCGGGAGGUGUUCACGAACUGAGCCAGGUGUUUGCCGACUACAUACACCAAACAGUACGUACCUAUGAGGACAGGGAUUAUAUUGAAUUUGACUGGACGGUAGGGGGUAUACCUAUCGCCGAUAAGAUUGGCAAAGAGAUAAUCACGCGGUUUGAGUCGGAUUUGAAGUCGGAUGGCGUGUACUAUACGGACGCCAACGGCAGGCAAACCAUACGCCGGAAGUUUAAUCCGCAGGCGAAGAUUUGCGGCAAUAAUGUGAUCGCCGCUAAUUGGUUCCCGAUUUAUAGUCACGUGGCCAUUAGAGAUGAGAAACAGGGUCUAGCACUGACUGUCCUAAAUGACCGGACUCAGGGCGGUUCGUCGCUAAUGGACGGGUCGGUGGAGCUCAUGGUUCACCGGCGGCUUCAAUAUUCAGGCGCCGGUAGUGGCCUAGUCCUCAACGAGACCGGCAUCGAUGGUAAGGGUUUGGAGGUCAGGGGUAAACACUACCUCUUCCUUCAGCCCAUAGCCCAAUCACCACGACUUGUGCGCCGCCUAUCGGAGCAGCUAUUUAUGGGACCCAUCGAGACGUUCGCGACGUAUAAGACUCGUGAGGAAUAUUCCGGGGAAUACUCCACCAGUUUUUCGGGUGUCGGCGAUCAGCUCCCGGAGUCGGUCCGGUUGCUAACAUUAGAGAAGUGGUCGGACAGAGAGGUGUUGGUUAGGUUUGAGCACAUGUACGAAAAGGCCGAUAAUGUGAGCGACCUUUAUAGUUAA